AUGGUCAAAUUACCUGAGCCAUUUGCCGCGAUCCCGCGCCAGGAGCUCCUCCUCGGCCCAUCGCCCAUCCACCUUCUGCCGCGGAUGACAGCAGAUCUCGGUGGCCAGGUCAGAAUAUAUGCGAAACGAGACGAUAUCAGUUCCGGCCUAGCGUACGGUGGCAACAAGACUCGCAAACUCGAGUACCUGGCGGCCGAUGCUGUUGGCCAGGGAUGCGACACCCUCGUCAGCAUCGGCGGCAUCCAAAGCAACCAUACCCGCCAAGUUGCUGCCGUUGCCGCCCGGAUGGGCCUGAAGUGCGGUCUAGUACAGGAGAAAUGGGUCGAAUGGGCUGACCCGGGCUACGAGAAGGUCGGCAACAUCCAGCUUUCCUACCUGAUGGGCGCAGACGUGCGGAUCGAGAAGAUGACCUCCUUUGGCAUCGAGCACAAGGGUACCCUGAAGUCCUUGGUGAAGGAAUAUGAAGCCAAGGGCCAGAAACCCUACUACAUACCCGCGGGUGCCUCGGAUCAUCCGCUCGGAGGACUGGGUUUUGCUCGCUGGGCGUUCGAGGUACGCGAACAAGAGCAAGAACAAGGCAUGACGUUCGACUAUAUAUUUGUGUGUGCAGUGACGGGGUCUACGAUGGCAGGCAUCGUGGCGGGCUUCAAGCUGAUCGAGAAGCUUUAUCCGGACGAGCCCAGGAAGAAGAUCAUUGGGAUUGACGGAUCUGCGACUCCGGAGAAGACUCGGGCCCAGGUUCUGCGGAUUGCCAGGGGCACUGCUGAGAAGAUUGGGUUAAAGGCGGAUGACAUCACGGAGGCAGAUAUAGUGCUCGACGAGAGAUACCAUGCUGGGACGUACGGGGUCCCCGACAAGCAGACGUGGGAGGCGAUUGAGUAUGGGGCGAGGAUGGAUGCUUUCAUUACUGACCCGGUGUAUGAAGGGAAGAGCCUUGCUGGCUUGCUGGGGUAUGUGAGAAAUGGCGAGAUCAAGGCUGGGAAUAUCCUGUAUGCCCAUCUGGGCGGGCAGCUGGCUCUCAAUGCGUAUUCGCAGCUGGGCCAUGUUGAGUAA